UGCGACUUUCUGAUCACAGACAUGCCUUCUUCUGCAGGUGAAUACUUCGUAAAGUGUUAUUUAGCCACAUUUACUUAGCCAAAUUAUAAUCCAAAACAAGUGUAUGUAGAUAUUGGGUCUCCUGACUCUUUAUCAAAAUAAUAAAACUGGCAUGCUGGUUGUUUGUUUCUAGGCAAUGUCCAUUAAAGUCUCUAGCUAGCUAAUUAGUUUGAACCUAAUUUCUUAAAGUAUCCCUGACUUCACUUGACUGUUUUUUUUGUUUAACACAGACAUGAGACAUCACAUCUGACAGUGUACAGUAGUAGUAUAUUGUUAGUAACUAUGAGCUCCCUCCUGAUAUUAAAAACAAGAAUAUGUCUGAAAUACAUUAGCCCACUCUUUAAUCCAAGCACUGCUGGCUUUACUCCCCUGAAUAAUGUGAUUAACAAGCUAUCAGUUAGUUCCAGGAUUUUAUGCACUAAAGGAGGGAGUAGACAUGCAGGUAACAACAGGAAAGAGGACAGACAGAGAGAAUUCAAUAUCAGAGAGAGGCUCCCUUUUCCCAAGUCAGUAUUUGCUUCUGGGACAGCCAAGAGAACUGCUGAAUACCAAAAGAAGAGGGCUGAGGAGGAACCAGACUUCCCCAGAAAGAACAAGAGAGUGAAACCCCCAGACCACCCUCUCACUGCCUCAGAAUGGAAGAGCCUAAAAUUGACUUCACAGAAUCCUGAUCGCUUUGACGUCCGGAUGAUGUCAUCAAUGCUGGCCGAUGGGACAGACAUCAACGUGGCCAAGUCCCUGCUGGCCUAUGUUGCCAUGGAUACCGGGACACUGUCUUACGAGCUGCUACUGCGGUACCUCACCCUGUGUGUCGGCAGCGGCCAUCACUCUGAGGUGUUUGACAUGUAUGAUAUCAUGAGGAGCCGGUUCAGGACAUUAGACACUGGAGCCUCCAGCCUGUUCAUAAAGGGCUUCAGCAGGACAGAACGCUGGAAGGAGGCGCUGACCAUCCUGGAGAACAUCAAGAGGGCCAUCACGCCAUCACCGCGUAACUACGGUGAUACCAUCGCUGGGGCGGUGCUGCAUGGUGAUGGUGACACUGCCUGGGCCCUGUAUGCUGAGCUGAUGGAGAAGGGCCUCAUUCCCAACCAGGAGACAUGGCAGGCCCUGUUCCAGUGUGGUCUCUCUCAUCAGGGCCACGAGGACGGGCUGCAAUCCAUCCUGCUCCAUAUGAGGGACAACCAAAUCUAUCCAGAGGAGACUCUGGCUAAAGAUAUCAAAGCUUGGUUUGAGAGUCUUCCAGAACAGAAAUGGAUUGGAAGCUGGUCCACCGUAGAACCCAGGGGAGUGUGUCGGAGCUGCCAGGCAGAGCUGGAGUCCAUCCAGCUGAGUCGGGAGGAGUACGCCCAGCUCAAAGACAGGGUGAUGGGGGACGUGAUCCAAGGCAGAGACGUCUUCAAUAAGACCACUCCAGAGGAGCUGGAGAGCUUCAAGAACUUUGUCAAGCGGAAGCCGGCCUUUGACGUGGUCAUAGAUGGACUCAAUGUGGCCAACAUUGGCAUCAAAGGGAACCAGUCGCAGACGCUCCUGGAGGUGGUGUCGGAGCUUGAGCGCCAGGGCCUGGUCAUCCUGGUCCUGGGGAGGAAGCAUAUGCAGCGGCCCUCACGCAGCUGGGACAGACAUGACAUGAGCUUGGUCCAGCAGAAGGCCCACUGCUUCUUCACUGACAACAUUUCUGAGGAUGACCCUUUCCUGCUGUAUGCAACACUGCACUCUGGGAACCACUGCAACUUUGUUAGCCGGGACCUGAUGAGGGACCACAAGGCCUGUCUGCCAGAUGGUGCCACCCGACGCCUCUUCUUCAAGUGGCAGAGAGGCCACCAGCUGGUGCUGAGCAGCUACACCCCGGGAAAGAGAGUACGAUUCCAGAGGAUAUUAAGUUAUGACACCAUUGUCCAGACAAAUGGAGGCUCCUGGCACAUCCCCUAUGAUGAGAAUGGGGCAGAGAGAUGCACUUAUGAAGUUCCACAGAAGUGGCUGUGUCUCACCAAGGCAAAAUAAGGACCCACUUAGAACUGGUUGAUCUUCACAAACCUGUCAAUACAGUGUUUGUCAAUGAAACUAUAGCAUGUGAAAAAUAAAA